AUGCCCUGACUGCGCGCGCAAUAAUUCACCGAGAAAGUUGUUAGCAUAGCAUCAAGUUCCUGUCUCACAACAACAUUUGUGUUGUUUCCUCUUUUAAUAAUAACUUUUUAUUCCGGGCAUGUUAUGCUGUUAUUUGUUUUACUAAGCGAAUGCGUACUGACUGACAUCUCUUCGCUGCUAUAUACGAGAUACAUAUAUGAGGCGGCAUCUUCUGUAACGUUAGCCUAUUAGCUUCUUUGUGGUUUUGGAAAAUUGCGAGCCAAAGAUGACCUCCAAAACUAAAGUGGGAAAGGUGGGCUCCAAAAACAAAGAAGAUGCUCCUCAUGAACUGGAGAGUCAGUUUGUUCUGCGGCUUCCUCAGGAAUACGCCUCCACAGUCAGACGGAUUGCCCAGUCUAGUAGCAUGAACAUGAAAGACAGACUUACAAUAGAGUUGCAUGCUGAUGGACGCCAUGGGAUUGUGCGUGUGGACCGUGUUCCUUUAGCGUGUAAAUUAGUAGAUUUACCCUGCAUUCUGGAAUCCCUAAAAACUGUUGACAAAAAGACCCUCUACAAGACUGCUGAUAUCUGUCAGAUGCUUGUGUGUACUCUGGAUGGAGAUCUCUACCCUCCUCUAGAGGAGCCCACUGGCACUGCAGACUCCAAAAGCAAAAAGAAAGAUAAGGACAGAGACAAGAAGUUUGUUUGGAAUCACGGCAUUACCCUACCCCUAAAGAACACAAGAAAGAGGCGGUUCAGAAAGACAGCAAAGAAGAAGUACAUCGAGUCACCUGAUGUUGAAAAGGAAGUGAAGAGGCUCUUGAGCACAGACGCCGAAGCCGUCGGUGUUCGAUGGGAGAUUAUUGCUGAGGAUGAGACUAAAGAACCUGACAACAGCUUAUCUCUAUCCAAUCUGGAGUCUUCACCUGGAACCUCUGGACACAAGGGUCAUGGCUCUUCAGUCCCACACGAUGAGCUUCGGGAAAUCUUCAACGACAUCAGCAGCAGCAGCGAGGAUGAAGACGAAGAGGGUGAACGUCACGAGGAUGAAGACCUGAACAUCAUGGACACCGAAGAUGACAUGGUCAGGCAGCUCCAUGAGAAACUAAGCGACACCGAUGGAGGUCGAGACGAGAACGAUAGGAACAAUCAGAUCGUGAUGGAGUACCAGGUGCAGAUCAACAAUCUGAAGGCCAAGCUGCAGGAAACACGUGCCCGCAAGAAACAACAGGAGAAAUUGAUCAUGGAGGUGGAAAAUCAAGCCUUGCGGGAUCGUUUUCAGUCUCACUUGAACGAUAUGAUUCAUCAAGAGGAGCAGGAGAUGGAACAGCUGGCCUCACUGCAAGAGCAGCUGGACUCACUGAUGGAUAAGUGAUACCUGACAGUGACCAAGAUACUUCAUUACAAAGGACCACAGAUGACUGCUGAACACUCCACCAGUUUUAGUGUAUUGCACUAUUUAGAUUUGUGUUUUUAGAGCUAAAUAAUUGUCUAGGUGCUGACCUAUGGCCCUGUCACACAAGCUUCUGUGAUGCCUUCUUAUGCAAGACUGUGUGGUGUAUUGAAUUAACUGCAGUAUUUUGAAUAAACUCAUUUUUGAAAUCGU